AGAAAAUGAAUAUUUUUGCACACCUCAGCCUCACAAUCGACGUCGUCUUUUGUUUCAUCUUCUUCAGUUAACCUCUGUACACUUGUCGAGUCCAAUUCCUUCUUCCUGAAUGGCGUAUUUCUCUGCAACUCAACUGCAAACUCUUUCAUGGACUUCAUGGACUUCAUGGAUUAACCCUAACGUUGCCUAUCGAACUCCGAAACUUUUGUUCUAUCCAAAGCCUUUGAGAGCUUCCUUCAGCUCAUCCAAUGUUGAAACUACAACUCUAACGAAGGAUUCAUCAACGACAACGCUCCGGGAACUCUGUUAUGGUCACGUGCAAGAGCACGUGAUUCGCCGGGCAGAAGAGGUUGGAUAUGUGAUACCUACAGAAGUGCAGCUACAGGCAUUGCCUUUCCUCUUUUCUGGACGUGAUUGUGUGCUUCAUGCUCAGACAGGUUCUGGGAAAACCUUGGCAUACCUGCUCCAAGUAUUGUCAGUCGUUGACAGUCAAAGGUCAGCAGUACAAGCAUUGAUCGUGGUGCCUACUAGGGAGCUUGGUAUGCAAGUUACAAAAGUUACUCGGAUGCUUGCUGCAAAUCCUUCAGAACAUGAAUCAGGACUGAAAUCAUGCACUGUUAUGGCUCUUCUAGAUGGGGGGAUGUUGAAACGACACAAGAGUUGGCUAAAGGCUGAGCCACCCACCAUUGUUGUUGCAACUAUAGGAAGUUUGUGUCAAAUGCUUGAGAAACAUAUUUUGAAGCUGGAUACCUGCCAAGUACUUGUUGUUGAUGAGGUUGAUUUCAUGUUCAAUUCUUCAAAAGAAGUCAGCUCUCUUAAAAGGCUGUUGACAUCCUACUCAUCCAGCAAGAACCGUCAAACAAUCUUUGCUAGUGCUUCAAUUCCCCAGCACAGAAGAUUUUUGUACGACUGUAUGCAGCAAAAAUGGACCAGGGCAGAUGUAGUUCACGUCCAUGUGAAUUCAGUAGAGCCGAUGCCUUCAUGCCUCCAUCAUAGAUUUGUGGUAUGCAACAGAAUGGAAAAGAAUCCAAUGUUACUCUCUUUAUUGCAGACAGAUUCACCUGGAUCUGCCAUAAUAUUUGUCAGCGAGCAAUCUGGGAAGUCAAAAAAGGCAGGAAGUGCACCACCAACUACUCUUUUGGUAGAUUUUCUAAAGUCCUCUCGUGGGAGAUUUUCUGACGUCUCUCUUCUAGAGGAAGAUAUGAAUUUCAAUCAACGAGCUGCAUCCUUAUCUGAGCUUCGAGGAGGAGGAGGAGGAGGAGGAGGAGGAGGUUAUUUAUUGGUGGCAACAGAUAUAGCAGCUAGAGGUGUUGAUCUACCAGAGACAACACAUAUAUACAAUUUUGAUAUCCCAAAAGAUGCAGUGAAUUAUCUCCAUCGAGCUGGAAGAACUGGAAGAAAACCAUUUUCAGAUAAAAAAUGUUUUGUUACCAGCAUUAUAACAGUGGAAGAGCGGUUUGUGUUACAGAGAUUCGAAAAUGAAUUAAUGUUCUGUUGUGAACAAUUAUUCUUUUAACUGUGCAUUGAGUUCUUCUCCAUAA